CCAGCACUACUGAUUCUACUGAAACUGCAACCACACCAGCCAGCACUACUCCUUCUACUGAAUCCACAACCACAUCAGCCAGCACUACAACUUCUACUGAAUCCAAAACCACACCAGCCAGCACUACUGCUUCUAAUGAAUCCACAACCACAUCAGACAGCACUACCACUUCUACUGAAUCCACAACCACAUCAGCCACUUCACCUGAAACAACUACCAUAACGACUUGCAGCACGACUGCCUCUACUGAAUCCACAACCACUGCAGCCAGCACUACUGCUUCCACUGAAUCCACAACCACGUCAGCCAGCACAACUGCUUCUACUGAAACUACAACCACACCAGCCAGCACUACUGCUUCUACUCAUUCCACAACCACACCAGCCAGCACUACUGCUUCUACUGAAUCCACAACCACUGCAGCCAGCACUA